AUGCGCAUUUCUGUUUCCCCAGAAGCCACGCAAGGGGCUCCAGCGCAGCGGUGGGAAGGAGAGUACACAGAGGCCUUCCUCCAGCGCCUCACAGCCCGCACGGGGUCGCCCAUUUCUCCCCAAGCUCUCUGGGAGCUGCUGCGGGGAGCCGUGCAAGCAGCAGCGGAAGAUGCAAACUCAGCAGCAGCAGCAGGAACAAGACACGCCUCGGAUCGUGCAGCAGCAGCAGGAGCUUAUCUCAAUCUCUGGAGUGCAGCAGACCUCGAGGCCCUCAAGCGCAGAGCCGAAGGGCAGGAAGCCCUCGAAGAGGCCCACAAGGUGGGCCCAGCAGACCCCAAGUUGUUUUUCAUAGUGACGCGGGCUGUCGAGGGCAAGAAGGUCCACUACCCGCUCGCGCUCACGAACAAAGCAGCAGCAGCCCCCGCUCCAGCCCCAGCAGCAGCAGCAGCAGCAGCAGCAGCAGCAGCAGCUCUUCCUGCUGCCUCGCCGGCGCACAUUCCAGACCCGUCCAGAAGCUGCACCCGACAUGCUGCCUCCGCAGCAGCCGCGCAGCAGCAGCAGCAGCAGCAGCAGCAGCAGCAGCGUACACCGCGUUCCCCCCUUUCCAUAGGCAUCCCAUGCCGUAGCUAUGUCGCGGCGCUGCAGCAACAGGCGAAUACGAAGCAGCAGCUGAAUCAGCAGCAGCAGCAGCAGCAGCACGUGCUGGCAGCCUCACCAGCUGCAGCGAGCGACAAGCCCCUGGGGGCCCCUGCAAUGGGCUCCCCCGUAGCUGUAGGGAGGAGCCGCCAGCAGCAGCAGCAGCAGCAGCAGCAGCAGUUCCCCUGCGAGGUCCAACCAAGUCCUGUGCAGCCUCACUACGUUAAGGGUCAGGCCGCAGCAGCAAGCGAAGCUGCUGCAGCAUUGGCAGCAGGAGCAACAGCUGCAGCAGCAGCAGCAGCACGCGGCCUCCCUGUGGAAGCCGAAACUGCAGCAGCAACAGAGCUGGCCUGCCUCAGGGCCCUCGUCGCAGAACAGCAGGCAGCCCUGGCGGAGGCGAGAAGGCAAAACGAGCUGCACGCGCCUUCCUUCCGAGACGCCUACGCAGACUCCCAAGGGCUCACAGCGCAGCUGCACAGAGUGGAGAGUGAGCUAUUCAUGGCGAGACAGAGACUGCAGGCAGAGAGGCAACUGCGGGCGAAGGAGAUGCACAGAUUUAGAACUGAAAUCGAUAAGAUGAGGAGGGUGGAAACUGCACUCAGGUUGAGAGUUCGAGAAUUAGAGGCUCAACUGCGUUCAAACAGCUGCCGCCUUCGAAGGUCGGUGGCUUCCUCUGGUGCUCUCUCUCCCGCUUUGCGUUCUGCGUCUUCUCGCUGCUCCUCCUACGACGCCGUCGCCGCCGAGAGGAGCAGCCGUCUUGCGGGGAAGCCACUUAAAGAGCCAAUUCGGGGCAGGCCUACGGCCCCUGUACCGUGUGGAAGAGCAGCGGGGCCCCCUCUGUAUUCGCAGGCCCCCACUGACAGGCACGGGGUCCUCCCGCGAGCCCCGUCAGCCUCUCCCACGCGCAGCCGCCCCCUGCCUUCGCGCCAGGCGGCCCUUAGAAGGGGGCGCUCAUACUCUCCGUACCUCGUCUGCCACUCCCCGCGAGCGUUGGCAAGGGACGCAGCAAAGUGCUCGCUGCAUAGUACAACGGGCCCGCCCCCGCCGGCCGAAGGAACUCUUCCAAGGUAUGGCGGCAGCUGCCGCAUGCGAAGCCUUGUUGGGCAGGACACAGCCCGCAGCUUGGUCUCCCCAGGCGUCCCGGGGUCCGUGAGGCCAGCAGCUGCAUGCAGCAUGAGACACAGAAGCCCGUUCGCAGCUGAGGCGAAGUGUGACGAAGAUGCACUGCUGCCGCCUUUUGGCUCUCAGCAUUGCCAGCAAAUGCCAGACCGCACCCAACAUAUUCCACAGCAGCAGCAGCAGCAACAACAGCAACAGCAGCAGCCAUUCGUCGUGUUAUCAGCAGUGGAGUAUGAGCGGCUGAAGCGCCAGGGAUCAGCCGAGAACCUGAAGGAAAAAUUGGUGAGCCAGGCAAGUGCAUGUUUGUCUUCCGCCUCUUCUGCAUGCGGAGAUGGCCUGCGGCCGCUGGAACGGUCCGAGCCCCCUCCUGUUCCUGGGGAUAUUGAAAGCAGCACAACUAGUUCCAGAAGAGCCUUCUGUAGCAAGACAGUAGAUAACAGCCUUCGUAUAAACCCUGAGGACCCCGGCGGGCCCCUUGAGGAGAAUUCUGCGUUGACAGCCGCGAGUUCAAACGACGCGACAUCAGCGGAAAUGCCGCAAGUGGCAGAUGAGCCAUCUCUUCCGUCCUUGCUGCGGCUUCCCUUAAGUAAACAAGCGGCCGAUACUGGCCUGUUUGCACACCGCAUGCUGUCUUCUGCUGAAGCUGCUGCUGAAGGAGCGGCCACAAGCACAAUCCUUAAGGGGCCUGUUUCGCAGCCUAGUACAGGGCCCACUGUCACGGGGAAGGGAGGCACACCCGCAACUGUGUCGGCAGGCCGCGCUGUGUUCUCCGAAAUUGACGAACGGCUUACAGCGCUGCAGCGCUUUUUGCGUUCUACCCGCGAGAGUUUUCGCCUCAUGGAGACGAGCACUCUCGGACCCUGA